AUGGACUCUACUCCAAGUGCAAGUGGUAAUGCUAUUGUUAGCGUACCAAGUGACCCCAAUCAACCUCAAGUAAGGAAUGAACAACGAGAAGAAGUAACCGAUAGUGCUAUAGCUGCUACUGAUUUUGCAGUUGCAGCAGAUUCUGCAGUUGGUCAACGAAAUGAGUUUCAUGAAGUUACUCUCCCCAAUGGUCAACGAAAAGCAGUUUGCAAUUAUUGCAAAGCUAAAUUUGCUACGGGUGGGUGUGGAGCUAGCACUAGCCACUUGAGGAGGCAUUCAGAAAGUUGCUUGAGAAGGAAAAUAGACCAAUCACGACUAAAGCAGUCAACAAUAUCAUUUCAACCUACAAGUUCUGCCUUGAACCCUUUCCUUACGCCAGGAGGUAAGUAUUCUAAUCUAAAGAUGAGAGAAAUUAUUGCUACUGCUAUCAUGGUACAUGAGUAUCCUUUUAGCAUUGUAGAGGACACUGUUUGGAUGUGGGCUUUUAAGUUUGCAAAUUUUGAUUUUGAGAAAGUUUCACGUCAAACAAUAAAAAGUGAUUGCAUGGCAAUAUAUCAGGCAGAAAAGAAGUGUCUUAAGGCUGAAUUAAUGAAUGUGAAUAAGAUUAGUAUAACCACUGAUAUGUGGAGAUCUAAUCACCAAGUUGCUGAGUAUAUGGUCAUCACUGGCCAUUAUAUUGAUUCAGAAUGGAAAUUACAAAAAAGAGUGCUGAGUUUUGUCAAAGUGACACCUCCAAGACGUGGGGUUCAUGUUGCUGAUGCAAUAUUCAAAUGUCUGGAAUCAUGGGGGAUUGAAAAUAAGGUGUUUUCCGUGUCUGUUGAUAAUGCUGCGUAUAAUGAUGUUUGCAUAAGAAAUAUCAAGAGCACAUUGUCAAGAAGCAACAAUUUAGUCCUUAAUGGAAACAUAUUUCAUGUUAGAUGUUGCGCUCAUAUUCUGAAUUUAUUAGUGCAACAUGGCCUUAGUAAUAUCAAAGAUAUAAUCGAGAAUGUUCGUGAAAGUGUUAAAUUUGUCAAUCAAUCUGACUUGAGGUUGAAGACUUUUUGUGAUAUUGUUAAGCAGAUGGGGGUAAAAGAAAGAAAGUUAGUUAUUGAUUGUCCUACUAGAUGGAACUCAACUUGUGAAAUGCUAUCUACUUCUUUAAUAUUCAAAGAUGUAUUUUUGGAAUACAAGGAAAGGGAACCAUAUUAUAAUUACUUGCCAUCAGCAGAGGAAUGGAGCAAAGUUGAUAAGGUCUGUAAUCUUUUGGAGGUUUGUAGUCAUGUUACUAAUGUCAUAUCAGGUAGUGACUAUCCCACAGCCAAUUUAUAUCUCCCUGAAGUUUAUAGGGUUAAAGAAGUAAUUGAUGCUGCAAUUGAAGAUAAUGAUGAUUUUAUGAGAUCAAUGGCAGGGCCAAUGAAAGUAAAAUUUGACAAGUAUAGGGGGAGUGCAACCUGCUGA